CAAGAUUGAAAAAAUUAUCACUGAAUAUGAAAGCAGAAAAUAUUAUCAUAAUACUAUAUUAGUUCCAAGCAUCCAGCAUAAUUGUAGGUCUGGAGAACUAAAGAAAGCUUAUCAAUAUAAAACUAAUAGACCACAAUAUCAAACCUGCUCUACUUAUAGUAACAGGAAGGAUCUAAAGCAAAGUCAUAAGAAUGAGGAUAGACUGAUAGUCAUAAGAUCAAGCCAAACAAUAAGUUAUAGAAAAGCUAUGCAAAAAACACCCCAAUCAGAAGAAAGACCUAAAAUUAAAAUGG